AUGCCAGAACUUUAUUCUGAAACUAUUGGAUUGCCCAGGACGGAUCCAAAACGUUGGAGGCUCAUCACAGAUGACUUGGGAAGACAAACAUGGGAAUAUUUAAGUGAGAAUGAUAGCAAGAAAGUUCCGCAAUCAACUUUUGCACGAUGGCUAUUGAAAUGUGAAGAUUUUCCAGAACCGCACCCAGAGAUUAAUAGCAAGACAUCAGGUUUUACUGCUUGGAACGCUGCACAUAACGGUGCAAAAUUCUUUGAACUUUUGCAGGACCCUGAUUCUGGAACAUUCCCAUGCCAGUAUAAGGGUCCAAUGUUCAUGACAAUUGGGUAUGUUGUGACGAUGUAUAUUGCCAAGAUUGAAAUACCUGAGCAUGAGAAAGCUGAAAUGAUUAGGUACGUUGCCAACUAUGCACACCCAGUCGAUGGGGGAUGGGGUUUGCAUCAUGUCGAUAAGUCAACUGUUUUGGGUACUGUACUAAAUUAUGUCAUGAUGAGAUUGUUAGGUUUACCCAAGGAUCACGAAGUUUGUGUUAGAGCAAGGGACACUUUACUCAGGUUAGGAGGUGCCAUUGCGUCUCCUCAUUGGGCCAAGAUAUGGUUGUCAAUCUUAAAUUUGUAUAAAUGGGAGGGUGUCAACCCAGCCCCACCAGAAUUAUGGAUGUUGCCAUACGGAUUAAAUAUUCAUCCAGCAAGAUGGUGGGUUCAUACAAGAGGUAUUUAUCUUCCGGUGAGUUAUUUGUCAAGUACCCAAUAUAGCUGUGAACUUGAUCCCUUGUUGGAAGAAAUUAGAACGGAGAUUUACACCCAACCGUUCGAGACAAUUGAUUUCAAGAAACACAGAAAUACCGUGUGCGGUGUUGAUCUAUACUAUCCACACACAAAAGUUUUAGACACUAUGAAUUACUUCAUAUCUAAGUACGAAAGAUACGUUAGACCAAAUUGGUUGUUGAAAAAAUCCACUAAUAGAGUAUAUGAACUUGUCAAGAAAGAAAUUGCAAAUACGGAUUAUCUAUGUAUUGCACCAGUUAAUAAUGCCUUUUGUGCAAUUGUGACAUUGAUUGAAGAAGGGAAGGAUUCGGAAGAAUUUGGUAGAUUCCUUUAUAGAUUCAAGGACGUGUUAUUCCAUGGACCUCAGGGCCUAACCGUUAUGGGGACCAACGGUGUCCAAGUUUGGGAUUGUGCAUUUUACAUUCAGUAUAUGUUUAUGGCAGGUUUGGCUGAAUUGCCCGAAUUCCAUGAAACCAUUGUUAGAUCGUUUAAGUUCUUAUGUCGCUCUCAAUUUACUGAGGAUUGUGUUGAAGGGAGUUUCAGAGAUAAAAGGUUGGGUGCUUGGCCAUUUUCCACAAAAACCCAAGGAUACACCGUUUCAGAUUGUACAGCGGAGGCAAUCAAAGCUAUCAUAAUGGUUCUUAAUUCCGACAAAUAUAGAGAUGUCUGGGGUGUAUAUGAUACCGAAAAGUUGAAAAACGGCAUAGAUGUCCUUUUGGGAUUGCAAAACUUGUCAUCAUUUGAAUACGGAUCCUUCGCUACAUAUGAGAAGAUCAAAGCGCCCUUACUAAUGGAAAAAUUGAAUCCAGCAGAAGUGUUUGGAAAUAUCAUGGUUGAAUUCCCAUAUGUGGAAUGUACAGAUUCCUCGGUCCUCGGCUUGACGUACUUCCGUCGCUAUUUCAAUUAUCGGAAAAAGGAUAUCGAUCAUGCUAUUGAUUCAGCUAUUGCAUAUAUUAAAAAGAGUCAGCAGCCUAAUGGUUCUUGGUACGGCUGUUGGGGUAUUUGUUACACGUAUGCUGGAAUGUUCGCCUUAGAAGCGCUAAACACGAUUGGAGAAACGUAUGAGAAUAGCGAAGUUGUUCGUAAAGGGUGUGACUUCUUUGUUACUAAACAGCUUCCUGAUGGUGGUUGGUCUGAGAAAAUGAAAUCUAGUGAACUUCACACAUAUGUAUCGGACAAAGAAUCUUACGUUGUACAGACUGCAUGGGUGCUCAUUGGGUUGAUAUUAGCAAAAUUCCCUGACAAAUCAGUUAUCGAUAGGGCAAUUAACCUUUUAAAGCAAAGACAACAACCGUCAGGUGAAUGGAAAUAUGAAGCUGUGGAAGGUGUUUUCAAUCAUUCAUGUGCCAUUGAAUAUCCAAGUUACAGAUUUUUGUUCCCAAUAAAAGCUCUCGGUCUAUAUGUAAAAGAAUACGGCCACAGUGCAAUUUAA